AAGGUUCAGACUUCCCGAUGCGCCUGCUGCCUGUCCUCGUUAAUAUGCACCCUCCUUUUGUAUAACAGCCGAUAUUCAUGGCUCUGUUAAGUCUUUGUUCUUCUCGAAGUUUGGGAAUGUAGCGGGACUUUGAGCAGCUGUCUGGGUCAAUUUGUGACAUUUAUUGGAACUGAGGGUUUCUCCCGUAGCUUCCUUAUCUACAAGUGCCUGGCCCUAUCUCCAGGCAGAUUCACUCCUUGACUCUGUUUUGUUCUUCCCGGGUCCUCUUUGGUUUUGGGAUUAUUCUCGGCGCCCUCAUUCCCUGUCCUUUUGUAGCCCCUUGUGGAUCAGGAGGCCUGGCUGCCACCUGCAUCCCCUGGCUCAGCUGCUGGAUGAGCUGCACUGCCAAGGUGUGGAGCAUGGUAAAAAGAUGAGAGUUGCUGCAGCACAGAAGAGGAGAAGCAGCAUUCGCUUAACCCCUGGUGUGCCGGGGAGCCAGGAAAGCAUGUCCCAUUCCUAUCCUUUCCGUGUUAGGACCAAUACAUAAACUGCUCUCCUAUUUCCUUUGUUAUCUUUUUCACCACUUUUCCUUGGUCAUCUCUUUGCCAACAGCAGUUUGACCCAUUUUGUUUUCCACAAACUCCUGUUUUUUCUGCUCACAGAUAAUCUGAUCCCAUUCCCUGGUGAAAUGUUGUGUUCCUCAUUUCAGUGGAUUGGUCAGCAGGAAGGUCAGGAGCUGGAGCUGUCUGGUUGGUUCUUAUUCCAAGGACAGCUUGUGAUCUAAUGAUGCCUUAGAAAUGAUAAAUGGGUUCUGUCUCCUGAUAUGAAUUGGUUCGAGUUCCCAGGGGCUGGUCCAUGGUGUUGUAGGAUUUUUUCUGGUGGCCCUUCAUCUUUAUCCCAUUUUUGGGUGCUCUCUCCAGCAGGGGCCAGAUCAACUGACUGCUUUUUUCUAAUUUCAUCAUUAAAUACUUGAAUUCCAACUGAUUUCCCUGAACUUGUUCUAGCAAAAGCCCCAGUGCUCUGAUACACCCUGUACAGCACAGACAGUGACAGCAGAUGUUGGAGUGGGCAGAGGGAUGAUCCCCCCCUUAUUUUAGUGAAGUCUUCACGACAUUCUCCAUUUGCUGUUUCCCUUUGCAGCUUCAGCCAUUUCUGUUUUCGAGUCAGAGAUCCUCACCAUGGGCUCUGCCUUCAGCUGUGCAGAUUCCAUCUGUGCAAGCAGGCAGAGCUUGGGGUGAGGGGCAGAGGGAAUCAGCCAAUUCCUGCCCCAGGCAAGAAGAGCCAGGUACAUUGUCCCCACACUGCCCCAGCAGUGCUGAUUUGCAUUUCUAAAGCUCCUCCUGGGUGCCUGGAAUGCAGCUUCUCUUCCAGAGCAGCUUCAGCAGCCUCACCUGUGCCCCCCCACAACCUGGGGCUAUUUUUUUUCCCCCCUUCAAAUCCUCUGUUUAAUGUUUAUGAGUUAAAAGGGCACCUUUAAAUCUCUUCUAGUUUUGCAAAAUGCAGCCUAAAUGUGAAUGUCAAAAAACCCUGACCAAGAUUUUGGCAUCGCUAAAAGUGAAACAAAAACACACAAAAAUGUUCCAAGGCAAUUAAUUUUUUUCUCGUUCUUCUCGGAGUAAAAACUCAUUCUCACAUCCCUGACCAAACCUAACCAGCAAUAUAUAAGUAGGAUUAUUUAAAAAAAUAUUCUAAUGCUAUAUACUUUGCACUGAAGCUGCAGGAAAAUGAAAAACUACACCAAUAUGUUUAGUGUUAGAGUCAAGGCAUGUCUUGAUUCUGGCCAGGAGGAGCAACAGAAAUCAUUCUAUCCCCACAUAGCCCGGGUGUGCAGAGAAAAUCGUUCCAUGACACAUGGAUUUUACUCGAUUUUUCCCAAACUUGAUACAGUCAGAACCAGUCAAAAUCCACUGGUUUAAUGUUUUAUUGUUACAAGUUGUGCAGUUUUUAGUGUUUGGUUUCCUAUUAGCCCCGGAUUUCUUUGCUUCUGCUGUUAAUGAGGUGGGAAGUGCUGAUUUCCUUCUCAGCCUUUUGCAGACCAGGUGUCUGCAGCCCUGGCAGUGUCUGGGGUAGGUGUUGGUUGCUGUUUGCUGCUGGGGUUGAUGUUUUGCUGCUGGGCAUUAUCUUUGUGGGUAUCUUUUGGGCCAUUCCCAGUGUGUUGAGAUGUUAAACUCAUCUCCACUGAGUGGUGUAACAUCCCUUAACAAAACCUUUAACAUUUCUUUCCCCAGGGCCAAGGCAAAGCAAGCCUGAGUAGAGAAAUCAAAGGUUAACAAUGUUAAAGUCUAUGAGCUGGUGUAUUUUCCAUCAAUGCCAUGGCAGGCAGGGCAGUGUGUGAGUGUAAGUGAGAGCCAGAGUGGAACUGUCCCGUUGUCUCCCCAGCAGCUGUGGCAGGGCAGCCCAGAGAGCGCUGAAGCUGCAGCAGUGGCAGCAAGGAGAAGCAGGCUUGAGGAACAGAAUGGUCAAACGAUGCAGGUGGCAGGAGAAGAUUGGAUUGUGCAGGAGAAGGAGGAAUAGCAGGAGGAAGAGGAGUGUGAGGAAGGGUAGAGACACAGGAGGAGUAGGAGGAGGAGCAGAAAGAGGAAGCAGCACAAGGUUCCACCCCUCCCUGUAUCUGCAGCCUCCCCCCAGCCCCAGGAGCGUUUCUCCCCCACAUGCAGCAGGUGACUGGAGGGGGAUCCACGAUUUUCACGGGGUGAAUCUUGGUGUUUCUGAGCUUUCUUGGGCUAAAUGUUAGUGCUUUGAUUUCAUGUGGCAGCUGAAUCUUUAUGUUUUGGAGGAGGUUUUUGCUGUCUUGUGAUGUUUGGGGAGUUUUUGAUCUGUGUCUUGAAGUUUGUGGGAUUUUUGGGCUGAAUCUUGGUGUUUUGGAGGUUCUUACAGACACAAGAUUCCCAAUGACUUCCUGGGAUGAACUGGGGCAAGGAGGAACCUCCAGUCCAAGGUGCUCUCCUCUUGUUUUUUUCCCCAAACCAGGAUUUUUCAUUCCCUAGGCGUGGCUGGAUGGAGGAGGAGGAAAAGCCCCGGAGAUGCUGCAGGAGGAGGAGCUGCAAACCCAGCCCAGGGAGCUGCGGGGAGGAAAGAGCCCCCCUGAGCCAGGAAGGCGGGCGGAGAUCCAGCCGGAGCUCGGAGCUGGUGGAGAAGCCUCAUGGCAGGGAGAAGCCCCACAAGUGCUUGGAAUGUGGGAAGGGUUUCAGCUGGAGAUCCAGCCUGAUCCAGCACCAGAGGAUCCACACUGGGGAGAGGCCCUACGAGUGUGGGGAGUGUGGGAAGAGGUUUCGGACCAGCUCCCAUCUCCUCAGACAUGAGCGGAGUCACACAGAGGAGAGGCCCUUCCGCUGCCCCGACUGCGGUGAGGACUUCAAGUACAACUCCAGCCUCACCAAGCACCGGCACAUCCACACCGAGGAGAGGCCCUAUGAGUGUGGGAAGUGUGGGAAGGGUUUCAGACACAGGUCUGGGCUGAUUGAGCACCAGGUAAUCCACACUGGGGAAGGGCCCUAUGAGUGCUUGGAAUGUGGGAAGAGCUUUGGGCGGAGCUCUACCCUGAGAAUACACCAGCGCAUCCACACAGGGGAGAGGCCCUACGAGUGUCCCCAGUGUGGGAAGAGGUUUCAGACCAGCUCCAAUCUCCUCCUACAUGAGCGGAUUCACACAGAGGAGAGGCCCUUCCGCUGCCCCGACUGCGGGAAGGGCUUCAAGCACAACUCCCACCUCACAAGGCACCGGCGCAUCCACACCGGGGAGAGGCCCUACGAGUGUGGGAAGUGUGGGAAGAGGUUUCAGACCAGCUCCCAUCUCCUCGUACAUGAGCGGAUUCACACAGAGGAGAGGCCCUUCCACUGCCCCGACUGCGGGAAGGGCUUCAAGCACAACUCCAACCUCACCAAGCACCGGCGCAUCCACACCGGGGAGAUGCCCUACGAGUGUGGGGAGUGUGGGAAGAGCUUCUCACAGAGCUCAAGCUUGACCCAACACCAACGGAGGCACCACUAAGGGAAGCCCUGUGUCCCUGUACCAGCUGGAGUCACUGGUGAAUGUGGUGGCCACCCUGGGUGAGGUGGCAGCCACCGUGACCGGGUUACAGAGGGACGAGCAGCAGCUCAUGUCCCCAGAGUCCUGCACGCGAACCUGAGGAACUUCACCUGGAGUCUCCGUGAGACCCUGGAGCAGGGCGAUGUCACCUCCCUGGGCCACCGUGGUGUCCCCUCCCUGGGCCAGGCCCUGGCCGCGCUUGGGGCCACCCCAGGGGCCACCUGAGCCGAUGUGAGAGCUGCGGCCUGGCCUGGCAGGAGUUGGUGGUCAGGCUCGAGGACAGCUGGGCCCUGCUGGCCUGGGAUGCCACCGAGCUCCGCGACGCCUGCUGGGACGCGGCCAUCGCUGCCAUCCGGGCCGGGGACCUGCAGGACGUGGCCACCCGCAGGAGGACAGCUGGGAGCAGCCUGGGGCCACAGCCCAGCGGCUGAAGGUGGCCCUGGGCAGGGAAAA